AUGGCUUCAGCAGAUACACUUUCAAAAGCCCCUAUCAAAGUAGGCGAGUUCACACGACGUAAAAACUGGAGCCAGAGUAUCCUUGACGAAUUGCGAGAUUGGAUGCAUGUGCUUGAAUCAGACUAUAGCAUAAUCUACGGUUCUCCUGCCUCGAGCGAAUGCUUUGGAUACAGUGCUUCUGAAAUGACGGGCCAUCUCAUGACCGAGUUCAUUCAUGUCGACGAUCGAGACUCGUUUGCACGUGCGUUUCUCGCCGCGCGCGAUACCAUGGAACCCUUUCGAGCGCAAUACCGGAUGCAUACCAAGGGUGAUGAAUAUGUCAUUGUUGAGACCACAGGCCAUUUCCAUAAACGAAGCUUCUUUGGCAGUGCACGCGUAUUACCAGUGGAUGCAACGAAUGCUAUGGAAACGUUUUUGGAUUUGAGAAUGGAACAUGAAGCUCUUCAACAACGCUUACGACUACUCAAGCAACAGCAACAACAGCAGCAACAGCAAGAGCAGGAGGAAGAUGAUCAACAACAGCAGCAGGUUGGAUCACCCAAUGUAUAUGCACCAGGCGGCUUAGGAGGUGUCAGCGUAUCAGAUAGCGUAUCCUUGUUUACGGGUUUACAUUUUGAAGCGGGUGAACGUGCACGAGGUAUCUCCAUGGGUGAUAUGAGCCAAAGCGAACUUUUUCAAGUGGCCGGCAAUCCUCCUCCUCCUCCUCCAACCAUUGUUCAAAGACCCAACAUCAUUAUUACGCAACAACGUAACAACAACAAAAAGAAACGUAUCGACGCUGAACAGCAACAACAACAACAACGCAUUUGCACGGAAUGCCAGACAACGGAUUCUCCCGAAUGGCGUAAAGGACCCAUGGGAUCAAAAACGCUGUGCAAUGCAUGUGGGUUACGGUGGUCAAAGACACAAAAGAAACCAUGA